CCCAGAGUGGCCGAAGAAAUCUGAAGUUGCAGGGAUUGAUCUUCAAACUAUACAGAUUGUAAAAUCUUUUUUGUUCAUUGAACUAACAAAAAAGAUGGUGAGAGCUCCUUGCUGUGACAAGAUGGGGUUGAAAAAGGGUCCAUGGACUCCUGAAGAAGACCAGAUUUUGAUCUCAUAUAUCCAAAAGCAUGGCCAUGAUAAUUGGCGAGCCUUACCAAAGCAAGCUGGUCUUUUAAGAUGCGGGAAGAGUUGCAGAUUACGUUGGAUAAACUAUUUAAGACCUGAUAUUAAGAGGGGAAACUUCACUUUGGAAGAAGAGGAAACCAUCAUCCGACUGCAUCAAAUGUUAGGGAAUAGGUGGUCAGCCAUAGCAGCGAAAUUAUCAGGAAGGACAGACAAUGAUAUAAAAAAUGUAUGGCACACUCACUUGAAGAGGAGACUAAAGCAAUACCAGACCAAACCAGACAACAUCAAAAAGAACCCCAAGAUCAAACCCAAGAUCCAAUCAGAGCCGUCAAUCGUAUGCCAAUCGAGUGAUGAAAUCCCAUCAUCAUCAAGUGAAGCUUCCUCCAUUACAGACACCAGUGAUCAUAGGGAAUUUGACAACAUCAAGGCUGCAAACAUGGUGGAUUCAUCGGAAUGUUUCCCGGAUAUCGACGAAAGUUUCUGGUCGGAUAGUUUGAGCAUUCCGCCGUUAAACUUCGAAGCGGUCUCCGACGAAUACCAGCCUCAAAUUCCUUCGUUUCCGAUCGAUCAUAUCGUGGAUGCUCGUCAAAGUCUUGAUGAUGAUUCAAUGGAGUUUUGGUACGACGUGUUCAUUAAUGCUGGAGGUGAUGGAGAUUUCAUUGUCCAAUUCUAAAGAAAAAAUCACUUCAUUGACUAGCCAAGUCAAAAAGCAAAGUCUUUUGAGGAAGAUUAUUCUUUCAUUUCAUUCAAAGUGGGAAGACUUUUGGUGGUAGAGGACCAGACAUGAAAAUAAGAGGAGGAAAGUGAAAAGAUUGACUUGGAAAGA